AUGCCUGCUACCAAUUACAACUUUGUCACUCCAGAUCCAGAAGAUGAAGAGGAAGUAUCUCAAGAAAUCACGGGAAGCGAUCUCAAUCCCGCUCUGGAUAUCUCCGAUCCUCAUCGUGGCGCCAGUUUCGAGUUUUCUGCAAUGUCGAUUGAAGUUGGUCAGGCACAGGCGGUAUCUACUAGUUUUGCAGGAAGUCUAGUUCUUGAUGGACUUGAAGACAGCUAUAACUAUGCCAAUGACAUUCUUGAACAGUCUCAAACUAUCGAAGACGAGUCCGAUAUAGUACCUUAUUAUGAAACCAUAGAGGAUUUAGGACGUAAAAAGAAUGGUAUGCUAUACCGAUUGUCGCCCAAAUGUUUCCGAGAUCAGCAACCACACUACAAUCCAUUGGAGGUCGUGCCUUACUUGGACGAUCGUGUGGGUUAUAGCGAGGGACAACAAGUCCAAGUAGCAAACCACUCAUUAGACUGGGUCGUUCGCAAAGCCUACCUUCAUCACCGAGACUAUCAAAUCGCCGGAUCAUAUCAUAUCAAGUACAACCUCACAUGGGCGAACUUGCUGUCACAAGGUCGUUCCCACUGUUUUGAGCGAGCUCAAAACAGCCGAUACGUCGCGAUGGCUUUGGAAUCGUUUCAAAAGGAUCUGUUCAGGAAGCGAAGGGAGAACGGCAAUGGCAAUAUCAACCCUUUGCACCUACAAUGGGCCAUCGUCGCGUCCUCGAUGUCGGUCCAGCCGUUGCAUAUAUUGCAGAGUUCGGCUACCGCAACUACCGAUAAUGAGCCACUCUGGAAAAUAUUCAAGGGAGCAACCACCGCUCGUUUCCACCGAUUUAUUCAUGUCAACGCUUUCCACAACGAGCCUUCAAUGGAACCAGAAGCUUGGCCUUGGACGAGUCUGAUCUACGCUUUCUUACACUACACGUAUGAACUUAGUGGUGACCGCACCUUGAUCGCCAAUCUGGACUGCGAUGAACAUGGAAACUUGAGCAACAUAGUAUGUUAUGACAAAGAGACAGUUCCAUAUCACAGUCGCCAAAGCGUAGAAAUGGCUAAAGCUGUUGAUUUAGCAUUUAGCAAAUUUGUAGACCAACACGAAUGUAAUGAGGUAUGCGAACAUGUAGGAAGCGUCAACCUUAAAUAA